UCUGCAUUCCCCUCCCACCCAGCCCUUUGUCUGCAUUCCCGGUUUGGUAAGUGCCACGUCAGCAGUGCCAUGUCAGCAGUGCCAUGUCAGCAGUGCCAUGUCAGCAGUGCCAUGACAGCAGCAGUGCCACAUCAGCAACACUGCCACAUCAGCAGUGCCACAUCAGUAGCAGUGCCACGCCAGCAACAGUUCCCAGACAGCAGCAGUACCAACAUCAGCAGUGCCCCGCCACCAUGACGGUUUCAGCUUUGGGCAUGCCAGGACAACUGGCCAACGAUUCCAUUGCCGCGUACCGACAGAGGUUCCAAGCUCAGCUCGCACUGAUCGAGGCUGAGGAACAGCACCAGGCGGCAGCCUGCCCGCCUACAGCUGAAGCGGAAGCAGCAGCUGAAAAGCAGCGGCCUCAGGCCGAAGCUGACGCAGAUGCCCAGGCCCGCUGCAAGGAAGCCCAGGAUCUGCUGCAGCGGCACGAAGCCGCCAGCGUCGACAACCUCAAGUUCUGGCAUUUUAAACCAUCCAAGAGCCACGAAGACGCGACACCGGAAGAGCAGCACAAUGAGUUUCUAGCCAAACUCGUGACCCGGUUGGUUUACACUUGUAACCACCUGCAGUCCGAGCUGGCGAAUCUCCGACGGACAGUGCGGAACCACAAGGAUCUGCACGAGGAUGCUACACGGGCACUCAAUUCCCGUGUACAGGAUUUGGAGCAAGCAGCACCAGGACCGGAUGUUGGCGAACCCAGCAGUGCAACCUCAACCCGACAAUUGGAGGAACGAGUUGACCAUGUCGUCGCAAUGCUCGGCGACAUCAGCACCUUCACUGCACCAGCCACCAUCAGCGAGCAGCUGGACACCUUGAAGACCGAGGUUCGGCAACUGCACCAGCUGCCCGACAAGGAUGGCAGCACCAGUGCGCAGCAGCACAAGAUGCCGACAUUCCGGAUAAAAAAGGUUGAUCAUUAUACGUAUCAAGACCCGGUCCCCUGGUGGCGGGGCUUCAUGAUGGAACUGCGGAUUCAUUACGUCCUCGAGCACUCGUACAUCGGGGCGUUGUUCCUUAACUCGAAGGGCGGAUGCCAGAUUUGGCUCAGCCACCUAGCAACCAUCCGCGGCGUCCAGGUCGCCGAUCUACAAGAGAAGAUCUCUUGGGAAGAUCUGACGAGACAAUGGAAGAAUCGGUUCAUUGUUGACGACGCCCCGACACUCGCCAUCAACCGCCUCUUUAGCAUGACUCAAGGUAACACACCAACACGUGACUAGCUCACGGAGUGGAAAAAGAUCGUGGCAACACCCGAUCUGGACUUACCAUUUCCGCA